GAUGGCUACCCGCAGAGCCAAAAAGCGAAAAUGGCAGGAGGCCGAGUUGGUCGCCGGCGUCUCACCACCGGCGAACGAUAAGCGCGAAGUCGGGGAAGGUCCCGACCUGAUCAGCGACCUCCACGUCGACGUUCUCCGGCGCAUAAUCUCGCUCCUCCCCACCAAGGACGGCGCCCGCACCCAGAUCCUCUCCACCCGGUGGCGCCCCCUCUUCCGCUCCGCCCCGCUCAACCUCGGCGUCGUUCUCCGCCACGAAGACGAGCCCGCCCCCUCCAGCCUCGUCUCCCGCAUUCUCGCCGACCACCAGGCGCCCUGCCGCCGGCUCUCCCUUACCUGGUACGGCUACAAAUCUGACUAUGUCUCCCCAUUACUGAACGGCUGGCUCCAGUCACCGGCAUUCAAAGGCCUCUCCGAGUUCGACCUGUGGCAAAACCGCAAGGAAAUCGGCAAGGAACUUUGGCUAGUGCCAAGGGAGGAGGUUCCGUAUGCGCUGCCGCCGUCCGUGCUCCGGUUUUUACCCGCCCUCCACAUCCUAAGCAUUAAGUGCACCGGCUACAUGAUCCACUUCCCCUCCGCGGCCACAUUGGCCGGCGAUCUACAUUUCCCCAAACUCAAGCAGCUCACACUUAAAGGUGUCAUCGUCUCGGAGGUCGUCCUCCACCGCGUUCUUGCUGGAUGCACUGCACUGGAGAGCUUGGUGCUUAGUGAAUUGGACGGUGUCCGUGGUGUUCGGAUCAACUCGUCCACCCUUAGGAGGCUAGGUGUGUGGUCUGGUUGGCCAAAUGAACCAGAUGAAUUGUUGCAACAAGUCAUUGUUGAGGAUGCCCCUCUCCUAGAAAAGUUGUUCCUGUCUGGACUAGAUGGUGACCUAUCAGUCCGUGUGCUUUGCGCACCCAAACUGGACUUCCUGGGUUCUUUGCCAGAAGCGUUCACCAAAGGCAAGCUUGAAACAAAUGUUCUUCAGGUAGCCAUGGCCUUUAAUUUUUGUGUUAUGCCUUGCAGAUUCUCGUGCUAACCAUUUGUGUGUAUUACUUAAUUUAGGGAAUUCUCGCUGUCAAUUUGAUGAAUGUGGUGCGAGCCGUUAAAGUGUUGGUUCUGCGCAUUUCCCCUCCAAGUGUCGAUGAUGCCAUUGACUUUGUGACAUUCUUUCCUUGCUUGGAGAAGUUAUAUGUCUUGUUAUAUCGGACUGGGGCAUCAAAAAGAGCACGACACAAUUUUCCACUUGGCUAUAUUGAAUGUUUGGAGCUCCAUCUCAAAAAAGUAGUGCUGAUAAACUAUCAAGGAACACCGAGAGAUGUUGAUUUUGCAAGGUUCUUUCUUUUGAAUGCAAAAGUGCUAGAACAUAUGGAGUUUGCAUCACGCACUGCAAUAAAUCGAAAGAAAUACAUUUCUGAAUGGAGAGCUGGCCAGCACAGAAAACUACAACUGGAUAACAGGGUUUCUCAAGGUGCUCAGUUUAAUAUUAGCUGUGACUCUUACUACGGAGACGAGAUACAUAUUGGGCACAUCCAUGAUCUGAGUGUUAGCGGUCCCUUUGAUAGAUCAUCGUGUCGAUGCCAUGACAUUGAUUUCCUUUGAGAUACUCUUGGCUCUCGCGUUCUCAUUUCACGGUUUGGGAAAUCAUUAGAUAAUAUUUGUAAUAUUUGAU